CUUAAUUUAAUUGUUCUUUCAGCUAUUCUCUUCAGCAAGCUCAAGCUUUUUACACAUUUCCAUUUCAACAAAUGAUGGCCGAGGCUCCUAACAUGGAAGUUAUGGACACACAGCAGAUGCCAGCGGAAGUUCCAGAGCCAGCUCCUGCUCAGGCACCUGAACAAGAGGCUCCCAAAGGAAGGAAAAGAAAACCCAGAACAAGACAACCAAAAAAACCAGCGGAACCCAAGAAAACUGCCAAGGCCAAAAAGCCUGCCGAGGCCAAGAAAGCCACUGAGGCCAAGAAAGCCGCCGAGGCCAAGAAACCUGCUGAGGCCAAGAAGUCUGCCAAGUCUGCAAAAUCAAAAGAAAAGCAAGAAAAAAUUACAGACACGUUUAAAGUGAAGAGAAAAGUUGACCGUUUUAAUGGUGUUUCAGAAGCCGAACUUUUAACCAAGACGCUCCCGGACAUUUUGACCUUCAAUCUGGACAUUGUGAUUAUUGGUAUAAACCCGGGACUGAUGGCUGCUUACAAAGGGCAUCAUUACCCUGGACCUGGAAACCAUUUUUGGAAGUGUCUGUUUAUGUCAGGACUGAGUGAGGUCCAACUGAACCAUAUGGAUGAUCACACUUUACCAGGAAAAUACGGUAUUGGAUUUACCAAUAUGGUGGAAAGGACAACCCCAGGCAGCAAGGACCUCUCCAGUAAAGAAUUUCGUGAAGGAGGACGUAUUCUAGUCCAGAAAUUACAGAAAUAUCAGCCACGAAUAGCAGUGUUUAAUGGAAAAUGUAUUUAUGAAAUUUUUAGUAAAGAAGUUUUUGGAGUAAAGGUUAAGAACUUAGAAUUUGGACUUCAACCUCACAAGAUCCCAGACACAGAAACUCUCUGCUACGUGAUGCCAUCAUCCAGUGCAAGAUGUGCUCAGUUUCCCCGAGCCCAGGACAAAGUUCAUUACUACAUUAAGUUGAAAGACUUAAGAGAUCAAUUGAAAGGCAUUGAACGAAACACAGACGUUCAGGAAGUUCAGUAUACAUUUGACCUGCAGCUUGCCCAAGAGGAUGCAAAGAAGAUGGCUGUUAAGGAAGAAAAAUAUGAUCCGGGUUAUGAAGCAGCAUAUGGCGGUGCUUACGGUGCAAAUCCAUGCAACGGUGAACCUUGCAGCUUCUCUUCAAAUGGGCUAACAGCUGACUGUGGAGAAUCGACUUUCAGUGAUGUUCCCAACGGGCAGUGGAUGAGCCAUUCGUUUACGGACCAGAUUCCUUCCUUCAACAAUCAUUGUGGGAUGCAAGAACAGGAGGAAGGAAACCUUGCUUAGGCACGGUGCUUCUCAGCCCUGCUCCAAUGCUGCAGUUUUAUUGCAGUUGUCAGGGAGUGGCCCUCAGUUUGCUAACUGAAGUAUUUUAUUAGUGUUUUCCUCCGGUGAUGUAUCCAUAGUACAGUUGUAUGGUAGAAUCAACUGUAUGAACCUAGGUAGUUUGGAAGGAACAUUUAGGAUUUUUUUGUAUAUGAGUUUUUGUAUUUGAAUGAACCAUCAUUCCAGCAUUUUAUAAAGGCUUUUUCAUUUUAGAAGAAAGUGAUUUUGUGGGGGAGUCACUUUUAAACAGUAAUUUAAGAAAUGCAACAGUCUGAAUAUUUAUAUUUGAUUAUUCACUGUGCGUAAACCUAGAAACACCAUUACCCCUCUUAUGCCUAAGAAGGGCAUGCUGUUAAUAAGAGUUGCCACUGGUAAAGAGGCAGAUGUGUGGAUGUUCAUGUGAAGUUAAGCCUCUGGAGUCAUGUUCACACUCAGACCUCUUUACCAAUGGUAAUUGUUUGUGAGAGUUGCUUUCUAGUAGAGUGUGGCCUUGCAGCAGCAAGACCAACCUGGCCUUACGUGACAGGGCAUUCAACCCUGGCUUUGGCCUCCUCACCCUGUGUGUUAGUUCUCUAAUAGGCAGAACCUAUUCUGCUGGGAUGGUGGGCUCCAGGGAAUGCAGUAGACCUUUUAAAUGUUGUUACUUCAUCUGUGUUUUACUUGAGAGACAUACACUCGAUAGGGAAGGAACUGAAUUUCUCUUUCAGUACCUGUCACCGUUCGAAUUUUAUCUUCCUCGGCUUUAGGGGUGUAACAUGGCAAGUGAUGAGAAAUGAAUUUUCAGGCUGAGCGGCAAUAUGCCGGAGGUGUUCGAUAAUCUUUUUUAAACUGGUGCUUUAUGUACAUGAGAUGUGCUACUAUAAUUAAGACAGAAAUGUUCUUGCUGGUUAAAUCUCAUAAGCCAGUAAUUUACAAACUUCUGUCUCUGCAUCAUUGUUCUUUGUUACUGUGGACUACGUUAACCUUAUGCAAGGUUAGUUUUUAAGUAAUGUACCUUUGUGAUUUUUAAUGCAUUUUCCAAGGUGCUACAGAUAGUCCAGAUUUCUACGCCUGGCAGGUAUAAACCUGGGUGUUUGGAAAUGCUAUUUGCAUCUCCCCUUGAUCACUUAUACCCACAGAGCAUGCUUUUCAAUAUGGAAAUAUUUAUCAAAAGGUGUUUUUCUAAAAGGUUAUAUGCCCUGUUCUUUUUUUAUAAUAAGAGAAACAAAUCCUUGUUGUGAAUCUUAACAUGCUGUUUAGCUGCUGGCUGUGAUGAAUUUUAUUUUUCCUUUAGCCUGGAUCAAGCUGUGUAGGAGUCAUUCAUGUUAUUUAAAUCAUGUACUGUACUGCUGUUUACAUGGAUGUUUUGUGCAGGUGCUUUGAAGCGCUUUGCAUCAGGGACUAGGAACAACUGAAUUAUUUUUUCAUGGGACUGUGUAAAGCAUGUAACUAGGUAUUGCUUUGGUACAUAAUGAUUUGUAGCCUUACAAUGGAUUUUUUUUAUUUAAGUGGAGAAAAUACCCUUUAAAUUAUGGACACUUACUAGAGAAUGGGUUUAAGGAUUUUCCAAGCGUACAGCAAUGGUGUGUUUCAUUAAAUGACAGGUAGUAAAUGUUGAUAUAUUCUAUACAUGACAGUAUGAGACUUUUUCAUUAAAAAAUAUUGAAAAAGUUUUUAAAUUCA